CAGCCAGUCAAUCAACACCUUUGAUUGGUAAUACAGAUGGGAGUUGCACACGACGGGAUCGGAGAAGAGACAUUCUUGGUGGGGAUGCAAAAAUGGAAGGAUGGGAGACGAAGGGAAAGGGAGGGAGGAGGAGCGAGGGAAUAGGGGGCUGGAGUCAUAGCAGGGAACGUGGCAUACAGUUCGCUAAUACCAGGCAGAAAACUGCUUGUGAUGGAAUGCGAGGUUGCCAAUUAAGGUCGAAAAGCCCUUUUUGCGCAAACGCUUGGUCCGUCACUAGGCGGAGCCGACCAUCGGCCGCCGGUUGCCGGCUUCCCGCCCGCCGGCUUUCGAACAAGAGUGACAACGGACGGUGAAACCGCAGACGCAGACUCCACUUGGUCAUGUCGGGUACAGGCGAGUCGGUCUAUAAUCUCAUUCCAACCGAGACAUACCAGCCUCCAGCGGCUCCGCGCUAUGUCUCCCGCCACAGCAAGACGGUCAAGGCAGAUUUCAAGCGCAAGGUCGGCGUGGCCAGAGUUGGCGACUCGACACUGAUCGGCGUCAAGCAGGGCGUGCCGCAGGUGAGACACUCCAGGAUCAAAUCACAUGCGACGAUUGGUGAGGCCAAGACGCCGCUGCGCAAGCCGACCAACUUUCUGCGUGCGCACGAGAAGGAGCCUGUUGUUGCUCCGCCGUCGCCGUACAACUACCCAGACGGCCGUGGACGGACGGGCCCCCUGCGGCGGCCGCCUGUUCCGGCGCCGUCGGACUCACCCAAGCUCGGGACGGUGACAACCAAGAACUUUGUCACCGCCAACGCCGUUGAGGCUAUUCUCGCCGUCCCGCCGGCACCGCGCGACGCCGGUGCAGUCCGCUACUCCACCAAGCCCGAGUACGGCAGGGUGCCCGAGUAUCUGGAGACCGUCAAGGCCGAGGUCGACGCCGAGUACCGCUACGUCGCCGGUAUGCAGGAUGCAGGCGUUCCGCGCCCGGCCGCCUCAGUCUCGCUCCUCGACCCUGCCGAGAUCGACGAGCUUCGCACAGGUCUGCAGGCCAAGUGGGACGCGCUCAACGCCCGCUACCAAAAGAUCAUCCAUGCCGAUACCAUCCAGCAAGUUGCCCGCAAGGAGGCGCUCGAGGCCGAGAUGGACGCCGUCGAGGCCGAUCUCGCCGCCCUCUCGGCCGAGUUUGUCUUUGUCCAAUGACCGACCAGCUGCCCUAACCUGCGCCAUGCCGAGAAAAAAUCAAUAACAAUUCAGCCAAAACG